AAAACCGCCACCGUCGAUCUGACUCCGCUGCUUCAUGAUGAAGCAAGCUUCGCGCCGACUCGGUUUGUGCUAGACGCCUGCACGUGGUUCCGGAUGCGCCGGAGUCGGUACUUGUUCCUCCUGCUUUGCUCUCCUAUCCUCCUCCCUCUCCUCUGCGCGACUUUUCCUCUACUCUGCGCCGCGGAGUUCUGCUUCUGGAUUUGUCGCUGGAGGAGGCGGAGGAAAGCGGCUGCGCGGCAGUGGAGAGAAGAAGAGGAGCGGCUGCGGGGAUGCGAGGAGGGGUGUGGGUGCAAUAAUGAAGGGGAAGAGAGGGAGGUGGGGUUGCUGCAUCGGUACUUGGAGGAUCAACUGAUGCUGGUUGGAUCUGUAUACGAUUGUGGUGACGAUCGGGAUUCCGAUGGCCUUGAUUAUAAAGUUCCUCUUCUGCGUUAAUUGUAAAUGUCUUUUUUUUUUUUUUUUCUUUUUUUAAUUCUGAUUUUGAAAUGUAGACUGUAAAGUAGGUUAUGAACACUAAUUUGUGAUUUUUCAUUUUUGUCCGUUGAAAUUCUCAGGGUUUUUUGUUUUUUGUUUUUUUUUUUGUCCAUCCUAUAUCCAAUGAUAAAAAAGUAAUGGUUGGAUAAUAAUUAUAAUAUUUUUUA